AUAGAGAAGCACGAAACAAGAAAACGACCAUACAGCGGGGAAGAAAGAGAGAGAGUAAAAGCAGCUAAAAGCGAGCGCUAUGGGAGAAGCAAGCUCCACCACCGCCUACGAUGAUAUGCUUCUCAAGAGCUUCUUCGCCGAAGUCAGCGAAGUCGAGCGAGAUAACGAAGUCACCAGGAUUCUUUCAUGCUUCAAGUUAAACCCAUUUGAGUAUCUAAAUUUACCAUUUGAAGCAUCUCCAGAGGAUAUCAAAAAGCAGUAUCGCAAGUUAUCUUUGUUGGUUCAUCCUGAUAAGUGCAAGCAUCCACAAGCAAAAGAAGCUUUUGGUGCAUUGGCAAAAGCCCAGCAACUCUUACUUGAAGAACAAGAAAGAGAUUAUGUUCUUACCCAGGUUAAUGCAGCAAAAGAAGAACUUCGAGCAAAGAGGAAGAAGCAGUUGAGGAAAGAUACAGCCUCCAAAAUAAAGUCAUUGGUUGACGAGGGAAAAUAUGAUCAACAAUACGAACAGUCAGAGGAGUUCCAGCGGGAGCUCAAAUUGAAGGUUCGAGAAAUAUUAACUGAUCAAGAAUGGCGGAGGAGGAAAAUGCAGAUGAGGAUAUCAGAAGAGGAAGGUAGAUUGAAGAAGGAUGAAGAAGAACAAAAGGAGAUGUGGAAGAGAAAGCGUGAACAUGAGGAGCAGUGGGAAGGAACAAGAGAAAAGAGGGUUUGUUCUACAUUGUUUUUUCCAAAUUUAAUUUCCUUUGGCGAACCUUUGAAACUUGUUUCAAGCUGGAGAGAUUUUAUGAAGACAGGAAAGAAGGGCAAAAAGGGAGAGAUUCGACCACCUAAACUCAAGACCGAGGAUCCCAACAAGUCCUAUGUUCAAAGGCCAGUAAAGCGAGGUUAAUUGGUAUGAUAUCAUCUACUCUUGAUAGCUAUGACAUUAACAACAGAGUUUCCUGGGAGUUGAAGGAAGCUCUGGAAGUAGGUCUAAAAUUGUAUCAGUCCAAGUCGUGACUGUAUAAAGGACAUGAUUAAAGUGGAUAAUAGGGUUUCGCGGAGCAUUGUCUUACGCCUUCAGUUGAAACCAAAUCCUCGGUAAGUCUUUUCAGAUCUCGAUUGUCAGAGGAUAAAAUUACGGGUACAAUAUAUCACUUUACUGAUUUUAGAAGACUAAAUGGUUAGCUAUUAAUGUAUUUUAGUUUCCCUUGAGCAUAUGAAACAUGUGCCAGGCGUAUGCUUAUCUUCUAUGUGUGCUGUGAAUAUUAGAAUUACUACGGUAUUUGUGUGAAAUUACAAUUAUUGCGGCAUUUGCUUGACUGAAUGAAACAACGCUGGUAAUGUGGAUGUGGAA